AUGUUCUCCCGACUGAGGGCAGCCGCCUCGCCGUGCCGCCUCCUCCACACCAAGGAGAAGGGCAAGCCGCUGAUGCUCAACCCGCGGACCAACAAGGGCAUGGCCUUCACGCUGCACGAGCGGCAGAUGCUGGGCUUGCAAGGGCUCCUGCCUCCCAAAAUAGAGACCCAGGACAUCCAGGCCUUGCGCUUCCACAAGAACCUGGCCAAAAUGACCGACCCCCUGGAGAAGUAUAUCUACAUCAUGGGGAUCCAGGAGAGGAACGAGAAGCUGUUCUACAGGGUGCUGCAGGACGACAUCGAGCGGCUGAUGCCCAUCGUGUACACGCCCACAGUGGGCCUCGCCUGCUCCCAGUACGGGCACAUCUUCAGGAGACCCAAAGGGUUAUUUAUUUCCAUCUCAGACAGAGGCCACAUCAGGUCGAUCGUGAACAACUGGCCGGAGAACGACGUUAAGGCUGUCGUCGUCACGGACGGAGAAAGGAUAUUGGGUCUGGGCGACCUGGGAGUGUAUGGGAUGGGAAUCCCGGUGGGAAAGCUGUGCUUGUACACGGCCUGCGCCGGGAUACACCCGGAUAAAUGCCUGCCCGUGUGCAUCGACGUCGGGACCGACAACACGACGCUCCUGAAAGAUCCCUUCUACAUGGGCCUGUACCAGAAGAGGGACCGCUCGCAGGUCUACGACGACCUGAUCGACGAGUUCAUGGAGGCCAUCACGGACAGGUACGGCCAGAACACGCUUAUCCAGUUCGAAGACUUCGGGAACCACAACGCUUUCCGCUUCCUGCGCAAAUACCGAGAGAAAUACUGCACCUUCAACGACGACAUCCAAGGGACGGCCUCGGUGGCCUUGGCGGGACUGCUGGCAGCGCAGAAAGCCACCGGCAAACCCCUCACGGAGCAGAAAGUGCUGUUCCUCGGGGCGGGAGAGGCCGCCCUGGGAAUCGCCAACCUCAUCGUCAUGGCGAUGGUGGAGAGCGGCGUCUCCGCCGAGGAGGCCUACGGGCGGAUAUGGAUGUACGACAAAUUCGGCUUGCUGGUUCAGGGCCGAGAACAAAAGGUAGAUUCCAAUCAGGAGCCCUUCACGCACCGGCCCCCAGAGCAGAUACCCAAGACCUUUGUGGAGGCGGUGAACGUGCUCCGGCCUUCAGCCAUCAUCGGAGUGGCAGGGGCCGGCAGGCUCUUCUCCCCCGACGUGCUCAAGGCCAUGGCCGCCAUCAACGAGCGGCCCAUCGUGUUCGCCCUCAGCAACCCCACGGCCAAGGCCGAGUGCACGGCGGAGGAGGCCUACACGCUGACCGAGGGCCGCUGCUUGUUCGCCAGCGGCAGCCCCUUCGACCUGGUGACCCUGAAGGACGGCAGGACCUUCAAGCCGGGCCAGGGCAACAACGCUUACAUCUUUCCAGGCGUGGCCCUGGCGGUGAUCCUCAGCAGCGUUCGGCACAUCAGCGACAAGGUUUUCCUGGAGGCUGCCAAG